AUGGGAAGGAAGAACAAAGACAACAAGAAUCCAGGCCCUGGUGCAUACUAUCCUGACGUCAAGCCAGUCACUCCAGCAUCUCCAGCGUAUUCGAUCUCCUGCAAGCCUCCUCCUCCCCACAAUGACGAAGGUAAUCCCGGACCAGGAGCAUACACUGUCGAGCAUGGAAAUAAGCGUUUUGGACCUGCAUUUACAAUUCCUGGUCGCCAUCCUUCUUCUCAUGAGAAAGACGAAAAAGCACUUAUGCCUGGACCUGGAGCAUACAGAGCCGACUGUGAGAUCAUUCAUCCUCGAGAUCCUGCUUACUCAAUGCAGGGACGAAGGUCUUCCUACCCAAAAGAAGUUCUACCUGGACCGGGUGCUUACGGUGCUGGAGCUUCAGAAAGCGGUCCGUCUUUUACAAUUCUGGCGAAAAGAGAGUCGCCAAUGUCUACAAGUGCCGAAACGCCUGGACCGGGCGCCUAUAAUGCUGGAGAGCGUCCAAAAUCGUCGGCUAUUUCUUUUGCUGGCAAAUAUGGACGAAGGUUGGAGGAUGACAGUCCUGGACCGGGAGCUUAUCCAGCAGCAAGUACUUUAACAGGUCCGUCCUUCAGCAUGGCACGAAAGCGACCACCACGAGAGGUUAUUGAGACGCCUGGACCUGGACAGUAUGCAGCAGACGCAGCCCUGGCUUAUCUUCAACACAAAGAGCCUGCUUUCAGCAUUGCUGGUCGAGGACGAAGACAGGUUGAAAUUUCUGGACCCGGGCCUGGUGCCUACAGUCCCAGGGUCGUGACUUCUGAAACCAGACGAGGAUGCAGUAUUUCUGGAAGGAAGCCUGCUAGAAAGAUGGAAGUCAGUCCCGGUCCUGGAGCUUACUUUUGGAAGACUGUCAAGAGGCCAGGUACUCCUGCGUAUACCAUUGCAGGGCGACACAGUAAAUCGCUUCAGGAAACUGGACCUGGGCCAGGUGCUUACAGUCCAGUAGAAAGCUACUGGGGUGGUCCGGCUUACAGCUUCACAUCCAGAAAGCUCAACAGGCCAAUGAGAGAGUCACCAGGACCAGGAGAGUACAAGGCCAGCACCAAGAAACUAGCCGAAUCAUCACCCGCUUUCUCCAUUGGCAUCAAGUAUUCUUCCAAGAAUUUUGAAUCUGGUCCAGGACCUGGAACAUACAACUCGAAAUCUUCCCUUGGAGGACCGGCUUUCACACUCUCUGGAAGAGGUGAUGAUGAUUAG